UAAAUCUGGAAUACUAACAUUACAUAAAGAAUACUCUUUUAUUUUGUCUUGAAUUCUUUACGCAACCAAAUGAUUACCUAAUAUUUAGUCAUUGGUAUCCAUAGAGACAGUGCGCUCGUUACUUUGAUAUUAUUUUAAGUUUUGAUGAUACAUUUUAUUUAUUUCUAUUAUCUCUAAGAUAUAUAUGAAACAGUGAUAACUUCCCGGGGUCAUACGAUUUCACUGUGUCGUCGACGGGUUAAAUUAUCGUCAACACAAUCAGUGUCAGAUUUACCGUUCUAUGGAACUUCAUCUUUAUUUGUAAAUUGUGAAGCCCUCGCAUCGAUCGAAUCGGCGUACAAUAGCGGCGAACCUCUCUGGAACCAGUUCUCUCAGCUCGCUAUUUUAGUUCAUUGUGUAACUGAAGAUAACUUCGCAAUGUUUAAUUACGCCUAUUAAUAUUUUGACUAUUUAUAACAUUAAAUACGUUUUAUUCGGUGUGCGCAACAACAGUGACACCUUUAAAGUUGUUCGAUUGAUUAACAAGGCCGACCAAUCCGACCAUGUCUGUGUUGAAGUUGAUAAGCUUCGCUAGUCGUCGCGUGUUAACCGACAUAGCCGUACGGCCCCAGAGAGCAGCAGGCUUUCAGAGAGCUGCAGGUUUCCAAGCUGCGGCAGGUUUGCAGGCAGUAGGAGGUUUCAUAGGAUUUCAAGGAAGUACAAACAGUAUACGCACCAUGUCUACCACCAAUAAAAACGAAACUAGCGUAAAGAUAACCGUUGAUAACAUGAACCAAAAUGUUGUCAAAUUGCAAUAUGAUGUGCGUGGACCUAUAGUAAUACGUGCCGGCGAAAUUGAAGAGGAAAUGCAAAAGGGCGCGCAGAAGCCUUUCAAGCGUGUGAUCAGGGCCAACAUCGGAGAUGCGCAUGCUAUGGGACAGACUCCCAUCACCUACAUCAGACAGGUUAUAGCGAUGGUGGCCCACCCCGAGCUGAUCGAGUCCAGCAACCUGCCGAAGGACGCGAAGGACCAGGCCAGGCAAAUCCUCUGCGGCAUGUCGGGCCACUCUGCGGGCGCGUACACGAUGUCGUGCGGCGUGGAGCUGAUCCGCAAGAACGUGGCCGCGUACAUCGAGAAGCGCGACGGCCACAAGUGCGACUUCAACAACGUGUGCCUCACCACGGGCGCCACCACCGGCAUCAAGAUGGUGCUCGAGUUGCUCUGCAGCUCCAUCGACGGCAAGUGCCCAGCUGUGAUGGUCCCGAUCCCGCAGUACCCGCUGUACUCGGCCACGCUGGUGGAGUACGGGCUGGGCCAGGUGGGCUACUUCCUGGACGAGGACAACAACUGGGGCCUGGACAUGCAGGAGCUGGAGCGGGCCCACGCCGAGGCCAGCAAGACGCAGGCUGUGCGGGCCAUCGUCGUCAUCAACCCCGGGAACCCCACGGGGCAGGUGCUGACUAGAAAGAACAUCGAGGACGUGAUCAAGUUCGCCUACAAACACAAGAUGAUGUUGCUCGCUGACGAGGUGUACCAGCAUAAUAUCUACGCUGAGGGCUGCCAGUUCUUCUCAUUUAAAAAGGUGAUCACGGAGAUGGGCGCGCCGUACUGCAAGGAGCAGGAGCUGGUGUCGUUCAUGUCCAUCAGCAAGGGCUACAUGGGCGAGUGCGGGCUGCGCGGCGGCUGGAUGGAGAUCAUCAACCUCGACCCCGCCGUGCAGGCGCACCUCUACAAGGCGCUCAGCGCCAUCCUCUGCCCCACCUCGCUGGGGCAGGCCGCCGUCGACUGCGUCGCUAAACCCCCAGCGGAGGGCUCGCCUUCCUACGAACAAUGGCUGGCCGAGAAGACCUGCGUACUGGACUCGCUCGCACAACGCUCCAAGAUUAUCUACGAGACCUUCAAGAAUAUGAAAGGCUUCAAGUGCAACGUCGUCCAGGGUGCCAUGUACGCCUUCCCUCGGAUCGAGCUGUCGCCGAAAGCCAUCGAGGCCGCUAAGAAGGCCAACAGGCCGCCCGAUGUAUUCUACGCCUACAAGCUCCUCGAAGAGACCGGUAUCUGCGUGGUCCCGGGCACGGGGUUCGGGCAGAAGCCCAACACUCACCACUUCCGCACGACCAUCCUGCCGCAGACGGAGCUGCUGGCCGAGAUGAUGGACAUCUUCCAGAAGUUCCACAAGAAGUUCACGGACGAGUUCGCGUAGGCGCCGCUGCGGACGCUACGCGCUUUACCUCUGAGUUCGUUACUGCUAAGGAAACUCUCUUACAUUAUUUGUGCAGAGCUUGUCUCGCUGCGCAACUAGGAUAAAGUAUUGUUUUCAAGCAGUGACUAAUUUUCGUAGUGUUUCACGUUGAAUUCGUUUUAGAUUAUAGGAGCCGGCGUUAUUCCUUGUUGCAUGUCACCUUCUGUCCCCGUAAUGUCCGAGCCUCGCUCUGCGCAGUGCGGGUAGCCGCUGUGCCAUUUGGGACCUAGUCGUUUCAUUGUUAUCAAACUUUUGCUAUCUCAAGUUAUAGUUGUUAUUAUUUUUAUUUUAUAGUAUUAUAUCU